AUGCAGUUCGCUCUGUCCGCUCUCCUCGGCCUCGCUGCCACCGUUGCUGCUCUGCCCCCCGUCGGCCCCUCUGCCGGUGGUGUUGGCAACGCCAACGGUGUCGCCAACAAGGGCAACACCCAGAUCCGCUUCCCUGUCCCCGAUAACAUGACUGUUAAGCAGGCUCAGGCCAAGUGUGGUGACCAGGCACAGCUCUCUUGCUGCAACAAGGCCACCUACGCCGGCGAUACCACCGAUGUCAACUCUGGCAUGCUCGGCGGUACCCUCAGCAACCUGAUCGGUGCCGGCUCCGGUGCCGACGGCCUGGGUCUCUUCGACCAGUGCUCCAAGCUGGAUCUCCAGAUCCCCAUCCUCAUUGCCAUCCCCAUCCAGGAUCUGGUCAACCAGAAGUGCAAGCAGAACAUUGCCUGCUGCCAGAACUCCCCCUCCAGCGCCAACUCCGAUCUCAUUGGUCUUGGCCUGCCCUGCGUUGCCCUUGGCUCCAUCAUCUAA